UCGCGUAGCCUGCUUGCUUCUGGCAAGUAUUCAGAUUUCGUCAUCACCUGUGGUAGCGACACAUACAACGUACAUAAAAGUGUUGUAUGUACUCGGUCUGGAUUUUUCGAGCGCGCUGAGCGUUUCGCUGUUGGAAAGGUAAGUCAGGCUGAGGCAGCCGAAAGCAAGGUUGACCUACCGGAGGACGAACCUCCAGAUGUCAAGUUACUCAUCCAGUAUAUGUAUGAGAGCGAAUACGAACCGACUCUCGAAAGCAUGACGGAGCAGCUGUCAACCUUUCAGGGGGUGAAGAAACUUGGCUACCACUACCAGUUUCCUCACACAUGCACACCUCCCAACUGCCCGGACGAAUAUAUGGUGUGUCCACACCAUGAGUGCAGGCCGAAUAGUUGCAAUGAAAAUUGUGUCAAGUUUGUCUGUGCUAUGUGUUGCCAAAGCACGACGGCGAAACCUGGAUCUGCAUCGCAAAUCCUGCUUCAUGCUAAGAUGUAUGAGUUCGCAGACAAAUAUGAUGUAAGUGGCCUCAAGGAACUUGCACGCGAGAAGUUCUCAAGCGCCUGCCUUCGCUACUGGGACAGCGACUAUUUCGCCCCGGCUGCUCACCAUGCCUUCUCAACCACGCCCGAAGAGGACAAGGGGCUCAGGGAUAUUGUUAUCAGCACGGUCUCAAAUCACAUGGACGUUCUCAACAAACCCGCGAUGGAGGCAGUUUUGAAUGAGUUCAAUGCCCUCUCGGUGGGUUUGCUCAAAAUGCAUGCGAAAGAUCUAGGUUGGACGCUACCUCCUGCUCCAAUCAUGAUAACUCGUGUAUAA